AUGGUGACACAAUCGGAGAACACAAACGGAACACAUGCAGAACCAGCCUCAGGUUCGAAUGCAGCAGCUGUUGUUACCAACGGUGACGCAAACGGUGCCACUGCAGCUGCUACCGGAACCGAGGCAGCCGUAAAAGAAACUGUCCAUCUUAAGCAGCUGUAUGAACAGUCAACACAAUUCAACCACUGGCGGUACGCCCAGCAGCAAUUGGACGAUAUGCGAAGCAAGGUCAACCAGGAGGUUGUUUCGUCGAUCAAGCAGAACCUCCAGGACGAGAGCGAUCUGAGGACGGCACAAGGACUUGCGCUCGACGAUUUACCACAGGAUCUCAAAUAUCUGACGGUUGAGGACGAACUGACAUUGCUGGGAUUCUAUGAGCGCAGGAUCGUCAAGAUCUUUCAAUACUGGAAACUGCCUUCCUAUGUCAUGGCAACUGCGGUCGUCUACAUGAAGCGCUUCUUCCUCGAGAACACCGCCAUGGAUCACCAUCCCAAGGAUGUCAUGUUGACGUGCAUGUUCUUGGCCAGGAAAACGGAGAACUACUUGAUGUCGAUCGAGGAUUUCUCAAAGGUGCUCAAGAGCCCUGCAGAGUCGAUUCUUCAACUUGAGUUUCUUGUCUGCAAAACCCUGCGCUUCCAUUUCACGGUCCACCAUCCCUACCGACCCUGCCUCGGUUUCUUCUUCGACAUGCAGGCUGUGACGGAAAACAUAAGCAAGUUGCAAAAGGUGUAUGAGCGCGCGUUGACGCUGAUUGACACGGCGCUUCACACUGAUCUUUGCUUCUUAUACCAACCAUCUCAGAUCGCAUUGGCUACCUUGAAGAUAGCAAGCAAGGACGAGGCGUACGACUUUGAGAGAUACGCCAAGUACAAGUUCAAGGCGAAUGAAAGUGCGACACAAAAAUACAACAGCCAACUGUUGCCAAUCCUGGAGGCGAUCGAGAAGGUAUUGAAGGAGGACCGCCGAUGUGUCGAGGUUGACAAGUUGGUGGCAACUGAGAUUGACAAGCGGCUCAAGAUGUGCAAAGACCCCGCACGAAACCCUGACAGUCUCUUGUACCUAAAGAGGAAACGAGGCGAGGCUGCGGGAGAUGAUGAUGAUGAUGACGAUGAUAAUGGCAACCCUCACCCUGAAAAGCGGGUCAAAUUAGGCGACAGUGCCUAA